AUGAGCAAUCCCUCUGAUGCUCGACCUUUCACCAAUGACACUAUCAUUCAAGAUGAAUCUGCUCUAUUUCAAGGCUUGGAUCCUGCGUCUUAUACAGCCCAACGCUUGCGCCAUGCCUCUUCGCAUCACCUGUACUUGACCUCACGCCGACAUUUCAUAGGGCCCAUCCCCGAGGACUGGAUACAUGGCCAUCAUCUCACAUUCUCGGCAAAGACUACUUCAUUUAACGAGGCCCCGCAAGCUUCCUUUCUCAACCAUGACACAAGCUCUACGAACGUGCAUCACGUAUCAGGAGUCAAUGAUGUCGAUGAUGGACUACCAGACAACGCCACACAAGGGUAUGAAGUCCCUAAUCAGGAUCACAAUGUGGAGAAUAACGAAGAUGCUAUGACCGAAACUGGAGCGACUGCACGAUCCAAUGUCAACACCGGGAGGACCUCAAGUGCUUUUGUUACUGCCAGAGAAGUUAAUUCUGCUGAGAAUAUAUUUGCUACGUCAGCAGAUCCAACUUCUUCAGACGGUCAAGCUUACGACUCGGGUUGGGUCGAUACGGAUCAUUCCCAACAACAAUCGUCUCUCGCGCCGAGUGCUUUACCGUCUACAAUAGGUGCGGGAUCUACGACGUCUCUCCUUCAAAACCAGCAUGAGAUAAAUACUCAAUCAGAUGCAUCGGUAAACACUCUACAGCCUCAGGAACCACAGCCUCAUACUGCGCAGGAGGGCAGAGCUGGAUCUGGUCCCCAAGACAGGGUGAGAGAAAGAAUUGCUCGUCUUAAUUUUGACGACAAUGUCCUUAACCAGCAACAACGCAUCCGUUCUCGAAUUGAACGAACACAGGACAAAGUCUCUGCCAAUCGGCCGCGUUGGAGCAAAGAAAGAGAAGGUGAAAUGGUUAGAGCACAAAAAAUGCUUGUACGGGUCGAGGAAACAUCGCAAACCCUUCCGUCAGAUUAUUCCGAAAACGUUAGUUUGCGGACCGAGACACGAGAGCUAACGAAAUGGCGCGAAUAUAUUGUCGUCUGCCGGAAAAGUAUCGACGAAGAUGCACUUUUCACGCUAAAGAUGUACAAAACUCGAGUCAUACAAGACGUGGACAGGUCUAGAGAAUCAGCUUACUAUGAAGUUCCACUCAACAGAAAAAGCACCAAAGCCAACCUGUACUCUUCUCUUGACAAAACCUGGGCUUUAUGGCAUCCCCAAAAGCACGGUCCACACCAUGAUGAUCAGAAUCUACCCCGGGGUUCGAAAGAGAAACUGGCCGCCAGUGCAGUCAUUGAAAACUGCAUAAAAGUUUUAAAAGGCCGUAGCGAGUGGGCGCAAGCACUUGAGAAGUGGUCGAAAACGUCAAAAAUGGGGUUGGCAUGGAGACGGUUCGAUCGUCUGGAAUGGAUCCAUGGAUCUCAUGAAGAUGAGAUGUAUGGAACUAUUGCAAUGCAGAAUUCUCAUGAUCUCGAGCUAAGGUCCAAGCAUCACUACCCAUCGACGAUAAAAUCGUCAGAUGGUGAGGAGGAAGAGGAGCCUGCUCCCAUCGAAGGCUUCCUCAUCCGUCUCACGUCACAGCGCGGUGUACAACAAAGACUGGGAAAGACAUUUUCUAAGCGACAAUACUAUUUCAGUCAGGAUCGAUUUCUGUGUUUUUGCAAACCAUCUAAAGCAGUGCCUCCCCAUCCACCCGACAGAGAUAUAGUGGAAACUUCCAUCCCAUCGUAUCAGGAAAUUGCUAAACGAAAUCCUCUGCAAUACGAUAUCCACCCUUACCAAAUCCAAGAUGGGCGAAUUACAUGGCUUAGUAGUGGGAAUACAGAAUUCUUGCGACGACAUGACGAAGAAGCCUUUGCCCAGUUCGGACGCAAUAUUGCCAACUUGAAGAAUUCGGAAGGUCUUAUCGAUCUGUGCCAGGUGAACAAGGUGCAACCGUCAGGCGAUUCUGGUAGUGUCCAAGUUUUCGCAGAGGGACAAAAUACAAUAGACGCAGGUCGUGGUGAAGGCAAUAGAUUUGAACUGGUCUUGGUAUCUGGUCUUGUAGUACGCUUCAAAGCGUAUAACAUCGAAACACGAAAUGAGUGGGUAAAACGUCUCACGGCCCUUGUCAAUUACUGGAAAAACCGAGUGAUAGCAGAUGCAGGAGAGCUGAAAGCAAUCCGUCAACGCAAUCUCGAGAUCUUGGGCAUUGAUGAAAGGAUGGAAUCAAUUUUCGGGCAGUUUGCCAGUAAAUGGGAGAUUUCAGGUUAUCUGUAUCGUAAGCCUCGCCGGCAUUCAACUUUCCAUCGCUGCCAGGUUAUCUGCACAUCCGGACAACUUUUAGUCUUUCAAGAUGUUCUUCGCAAACUCAACGGUGUCGAGAUUCCGCAUAUUCACAAGGAGCGAGUGGCUACACUUGACCUACAAAAUUGUUAUAUCUACUCAGGGCUCAUAACCGAGAAAGAUCUCCUGUAUACCAACCAAACUUUUGAUAAUAAUUACCCUGGCCACCAUGCAUUACCGCGAAUCUAUCUUGCUCAGGACGGUUGGACUAGUCGGGAUGAAGACACGGCUGUCUGUUUUGUGAUCUGGCAUCCGAUACGCAAGAGUCUAUUCCGAGCGUCCGAAGUGAAAGGGAAUAAAACCAACAGAAUACUUCGUCGCGUUUCAGCACUUGGCGUACCAGGACGAACGGUUGUCUUCAAAGCUAGAAGCCGUCUUGAACGAGAUCGAUGGGUGGCAUGUAUAGAAUCUGAGAUUAACAGAUUGCAGGACCAACAGGGGGAGGAUGUACGGAUUGUAUAG